AUGUCGUACGUGUUCAUGGUGAGGGCCGAAAACUCAUACGGAUUGAGCGUGCCUAGCGCGUUGUCCGCUGUGGUGGAAACCAGCGGGACCAAUACGAUCAUCACGCAGCAGUCUCUGGAGGAAGCCCGUGAACGGUUCGGUACUAAAGUCAUAGACUUCAAGGAACUGUUUCCGGUAUCGUCUACGUCAGUCCGAGUCAUAUGGGAUGUGUUGAGCAGUGCCGAAUGGGUAGAAGGUAUUUACGUACGGUUCAGAGACUUGUCGGGCGGCUCGCAGAUCUAUAACAUGAUGACGGUGAUGAUGAACAACGGUGAACCCAAGUCUUACACAUUGGCCAACCUCCGUAAGUACAACAAGUACGAUUUCUUCUUGGUGCCGUUCAUAUGCCGAGUGUAA